UAUGACUGUCAGCGCUCAGAUGAGUCACAAAUGAUCUUUUCCUCUUGGUUUUGGCCUUUCAUCAGCACUUUAACUGAACCCAGGUGAAAUCCUGAGUGUAUUUAGUUUUGCAUUUAGAUGUUUAGUGAUUCAGCUGCUGCGUGUUUGUGCCCGGUCACGUUCUUUAGUUUGUGUGUUCGGUGUGUUGCAGGCUGCUAGCAGGAUGUCUGUCCAGGAAGAAGAGGACUUACCUGCCAACCACACAGGUCCCAAAGGUGUGAUCAAUGACUGGAGAAGGUUCAAGUUGGACAGCGUGGAUCAGACCGUCCCUCAAAACAAGAGACAGCUGCUGAGACAGAUGUCCAGUCCUCGGGACGAUGACAAGGAGAGACUCAACAGAAAGAUGAGCGUUCAGGAGUACGAGCUGAUCCAGGAAGAGGAUGAGCGCUGCCUGAAACGCUACAGGAAACAGUGUAUGCAGGAUAUGCACGAGCGCCUGAGCUUCGGUCCUCGGUUUGAAGCUGUUCAUGAGCUGGACUGCGGAGAAGCCUUCCUGGAAGUCAUAGAGAAGGAGCACCGGUUGACCCUGGUGGUGGUCCACAUCUACCAGCACGGUGUCAAAGGCUGUGAACAGCUGAACUCUUGUCUGGACUGUCUGGCCUCAGAGUACUCCAGCGUUAAGUUCUGUCGUAUUGAUGCCGUGGCAACAGGUGCAGCUGAGCGCUUCUCCUCCGAGGUUCUUCCUGCCCUGCUGGUGUACAAGGCGGGUGAGCUCCUGGGUAACUUCCUGUCUAUCACCAAACACUUCACCGAAGACUUCUUCGCAACCGAUGUGGAGGCGUUUCUCAACGAAUAUGGUCUCUUACCUGAGAAGGACUUCGCAGCAUGUGCUGAUGACGAGGAUGAAGGAGGGGACGUGGAAUAGAGGGAGAAGGGAGGAAGAGUAGUAUGGGGGGGGGGGGGGGUACAAGCAGAGAAAGAAGAAAGAGGAGAAGGCAGAGCAAAGGACACCUGAAGACAGGAAGUGGGGGGCGACAGUGAAACAUUAUUUCAGUCAGGACACACACAAAGUAAAGAAAGCAUAUUGCAUACAGACACAAUGGACACACACUGAACAUGGGUUGUAUCUAG